UGUGUCACUGCCAGGGAUUAAAGCCCUCAGAGGCUCUGACACAGCAUCCCUAAGAGCCCACUUUCUCUCGCCCUCGAGCCUCCUCCUCUAAGGAGAUGGGAGCUUUCACUCUCGAGCGGCAAGGACUGAUCAAAGCUCUUCUGGAAACAGAGUAAAGUAUUAGCCGCUCUCCCCAGGGCUGACUUCAAAAUGCACUUUUGUUUUUGAUGACCAACUUCGACUCGGCAGGCUUCAUCUGGGGGAAGAAAUCCUGCUGAUUGCCCUGGUUACCACCUCCGGGGAGGCCGGCCUUCCCAGUGCCCGGUGAGGAAGAAGGCAGAUGUCUGCCUGGUUAGUGUUUAAGAUGCAUUGCUGCCUCAAGAAACCUUCCUGUUUCCAUGGAAACGAGACCCACAUCUGCUGAAUAGAACCACUUUCUGGGACCUAGGCUGGCCAUCGUCAAUCCUGGCUGUACAUUGCAACCACCUGGGGAGCCUUGGCAGUACUGAUGUCUGGACCUCACUCUCAGAGGUAGACGUGCCCCUUAAAGAUGGUAACAUCCUUCUGAGAAGCAGGAUCAUUUUGUACCAGUAAAAGCCUUCUCCAAGUUCUCCAGGAGAAUAUGAAAGUGUUACUCAGACUUAUUUGUUUCAUAGCUCUACUGAUGUCUUCUCUGGAGGCUGAUAACUGCAUGGAACGUGAAAGCAUAAUUCAUGUAGUUUCAUCUGCAGAUGAAAUUGAUGUUCGUACCUGUCCCCUUAACCCAAAUGAAGACAAAGGCACCAUAAGUUGGUAUAAAAAUGACAGCAAGAUACCUCUACCUAUGGAUCCUGUGUCUAGGAUUCGUCAACGUGAAGACAACCUUUGGUUUAUUCCUGCUAAGGUGGAGGAUUCAGGAUAUUACUACUGUGUGGUAAGAAAUGCAUCGCACUGUCUCAGAAUUAAAGUAACUGUAGAAUUCGUGGAGAACGAUCCUGACUUGUGUUUUAAUACACAAGCGAGAUUUGCACAGAGACUACCUGUUGCAGGCGAUGGAAAAAUUGUGUGCCCUUAUCUGGAUUAUUUUAAAGAUGAGAAUAACGAGUUACCCAAAAUACAAUGGUAUAAGGAUUGCAAACCUUUCCCUCUUGAUGAGACGUGCUUUUCCGGAGUUGCAGAUAAACUCAUUGUGAGUAACGUGGCUGAAGAGCACAGAGGGAACUACACUUGUCGCACAUCGUACACAUACCUGGGGAAGCAGUACCAUGUUAGCCGGGUGAUAGAACUCAUUACUGUAGAGGACAACAGACCCUUGAGGCCUAAAAUUGUGAGUCCAGCUAAUGAGACAAUGGAAGUGGUCUUGGGAUCCCAAAUACAAUUGAUCUGUAAUGUCACCGGCGAGGAGAGUGACAAUGUCUACUGGAAGUGGAAUGGGUCAGGAAUUAGUGAAGACGAUACAGUGCUGGUUGAAGACUAUGACUUUGUGGAAAAUACUUUAAACAAAAGGAGGAGCAUAGUCAUCACAAUGCUUAAUAUUUCAGAAGUUGAAAGUAGAUUUUAUCUAUAUCCAUUUACCUGUAUCGCCAAGAACACAAAGGGUAAUGAUGAAGCAUAUGUGCAAUUGAUUCAUCCAGUCCCUGAUUUCCAGAAUCAUGUGAUUGGUGCAUUUGUCAUGUUAACUGUCAUAAUUAUAUGUUCAGUUUUCAUCUACAAAAUCUUCAAGGUUGACAUUGUGCUUUGGUAUAGGGAUUCCUGCUAUGAUUUUCUCCCCCCAAAAGCUUCAGAUGGGAAGACCUAUGAUGCAUAUAUACUAUAUCCAAAGACCCUUGGGGAAAUGUCCACCUCUGAUUCGGAUAUAUUCGUGUUUAAAGUCUUGCCUGAGGUCUUGGAAAAACAGUGUGGAUAUAAGCUAUUCAUUUAUGGAAGGGAUGACUACGUUGGGGAAGACAUUGUUGAAGUCACCAAUGCAAACAUAAAGAAAAGCAGAAGACUAAUUAUCAUUUUAGUCAGAGAAAUACUGGGUUUUGGCUGGCUGGGCAACUCGUCUGAAGAGCAAAUAGCCAUGUACAAUGCUCUCAUCCAAGAUGGAAUUAAAGUUGUCCUGCUGGAACUGGAGAAAAUUCAAGACUAUGAGAAAAUGCCAGAAUCCAUUCAAUUUAUUAAGCAGAAACACGGGGCCAUUCGCUGGUCAGGGGACUUUAGAGAGGGACCACAGACUGUAAAGACAAGAUUCUGGAAAAACGUCAGGUACCACAUGCCAGUCCAGCGGCGGGGGGCCUCAUCCAAACACCAGUUACUAGCCCCUGCCACUAGCCCAGACUGUGAGGAGAAACUACAGAGAGAAGUUGGCAUGCCUCUGGGGUAACGUGGAGAAACCUGGCCAAGAGGUCUUCGGGUACCUCCUGUCUGAUGGCAUUGCAGGCUGAGCUGGGCCUCCUGCUGAUUCGUACAGUCAUAAAAUGUACCUGGGUAGUCCAUUAUCCCUGAGGCCAUCUGGAACCAGAUAGUUCAGGGUGCAGGACAUGGUGACAGCAGCAGGCCAGGACAAUUCAGAGCCCAAAGGAAGCUCUUUAAAUAGGGCAACAAAUGCCCUCUCUGCAUGUUCGAAGUGCUGAGAGACGGCACUGAGAUGCCGAAGGAGAGAAAGGAAUGUGCAGGAAAUGGUCCCCAUCGAAGAGGGCUUUGGGAAGGCGUUCACAGCCUGAGCGUGGCGCUGCGAACUGGAGAGUCCCUGGCCCUCGAAUGGCUCUCUUGGGCAGUGCCACAGGUCAAGUGACACUGACACUUCACAGAGGAAGGAGGAUGUAUUUUUGGAGAGCUCUGUUUGCUUGCAUUUCCCACACACGUCAACAGCCAGCAAUUUCCAAAGACCAGAAACAGACAUUUCAAUGAACUGAGGGAUUCUCCGUGUUUGAAGGUUUGGAAAUCCCCCUAGCUUUCCACAGGAGAGAGAAUUGCAGCAGUUCAGGGAAUCGAUCCACCUCUGAAUGCUUUCCUCCGGAAUGCCCAGCUAUUCUUGCUUACUUACUCUUCCACAUUUUACUAGGCUUGGGCCUUUGCAAGGACAGCUUUCUUGGGGCUUCCUCCGGCCACUCUGUCACACGCAAGGCCCUCACAUCAACCAGUCUUCAUGAAAUGCUGCUCUCCUCUCUUUUAAUCUUGCUGAAACUCCUGGGAACAGGCUCCUCCUGUUGAGAAGCCAAAGCCCGAGUUCCACGCAAGACUCUCCCAUGUGUCCCCACCACCUUCCCCUCUGUGCUGCCGUGUGGGCUCCCCGGUCAGCCCUGUGUACCUCAUCAUGACUGCUGCCUUGCCUCCUCCUAUCUCUGCUGGCUAGAAUGCCUUCUGGAGUUUUCUCCAGCUGAGCAGAAUUUUACUGAAAUUCAGAAUUUACUCCAGCUACACAGUCACGAGGGACAUUCCCUUAGAGACUCAUCUGUGAUAUCAUCUCUUCCUCAGGCUGACAGUGCUGACUGUUGGGGAUGAUUCGGGAGGUGGAGGGACAAGCUGUGGUGUCUCUGUCCUCUGCCUUCCAUAAAAAAUUUGCACAUGUGACCUAGCUUUGUAUAGUGCUUAUUGUUUAAAAAUGUUCUCAUGUUAUCUUAUUUAAUUUGUUCAACUUGCCUAAUUUUAUAGAGAAAGUGACCUAUUAUUUUUUUUAAUUGCACUCUUAGUUCUAUUGGACUUAGAACUUGAAUUCCAUAUCUGACAUCUUGUCCAGGGCUCUGAAUGCUUCAUU